AUGCGCGAACUCGGUGGUGGCACAGGCAUAAAAGACGAUUUUCUCAAAACUUUAUGGCUACAAAGAUUGCCGUCAGAAAUGCAGGCAAUUUUAUCAAUACGUUCUGAACCCCGGGACUAUUUGGCCAACAUGGCCGACAAAAUUGCGGAGGUCCGUAUUUCCUCAGCAGAUAACAGCGUUUUUGCUGUCAGCCGAGGCGCGGAAAGUACUGUUAUGCGGAAAGCUUCCACUCUGGAUGAGUUUACUGCGCUCCGAAACGAAAUCACCGUUUUAAAUUCUGGCUCUGAUGUUUCGUGCAUACCGCUCAACAAAAACCAAAAAAAUCUAAAGCCUGAUUCUCUGCAACUUUUUGCAGCUAACAACUCCAAAAUUCAUACUUAUGGAUCUAAAUUAUUAAAUGUGGACUUAGGUCUCAGCAUUCGCAGCACAUCAAAAUUAAUCCGAUCGCGUUUUAUUUGGCCUUCCAUUCGAAAAGACUGCAACAAUUGGGCUAAGCAUUGCAUCCCGUGUCAAAAAUCGAAGGUAAUUCGCCAUACUAAGACCCCAGUAGGAAAAUUUGUAGACCAAUCACAGAGGUUCGAACAUGUGCACCUGGACCUUGUAGGCCCUCUACCUCCUUCCCAAGGAAACUAUUAUUGUUUAACAAUGAUAAAUAGGUUCACGAGAUGGCCAGAAGCCGUACCAAUUCCAGACAUGACAGCACAGACAGUAGCACAAAAUUUUUUUAAGCACUGGAUAGCCAGAUUUGGUUGUCCUGUAAGAAUUACUACUGACCAAGGCAGACAGUUUGAGAGUGAUUUGUUCCGUGCUCUCUCUCAACUACAAGGAAUUAAAAGGAUAAGAUCUUCUCCUUAUCAUCAUCAGGUCAAUGGCUUGAUCGAAGACUUCCACCGCCCAUUAAAGGCAGCUUUGAAAGCCUAUAACACAGAUCAGUGGUCUGCAGCACUGCCCACCUUGUUACUCGGAUUCCGGUCCGUUUUCAAAGAGGAUCUACAAGAGACGACUGCUGAGCUGGUAUAUGGCAAGUCUCUGCGACUACCAGGAGAAUUUUUCGAUCCAACACCUGGAGACACAUCACCCAAGCAACUCGUGGGGGACUUAAAACACCAUUUUGCAACGAUGAGACCAGUUCCAACUUCCUGUCAUGGACAAAGAACUAUCUUUGUACAUCCUCACCUCAACGAGUGCUCACAUGUAUUUGUGAGACAUGACGGUGUAUUCAAACCCCUACAAGCACCAUAUGAUGUACCAUACAAAGUUCUUGUCAGGCGACAGAAAACGUUUGAUCUCGAGAUCAAGGGAGCUUCCCAUACCAUUUCUAUAGAUCGUCUGAAACCUGCUUUUAUAAUUCCUCCUGAGUUUUCCAGUAUACCACCAGCCAAGCAACAAGCAAGUUCUACUAAGUGUACUAAAGCACUUCCAGCUGAUACAUCCAUCGUCGUUCCAGCAAGGCAAACAACUCGCACAUGGCGACAAGUUCGACCCCCACGUCGUUAUGUCCAUUUCCAAUGA